AUGGCUCUAAAGGAAGACAAACAAGUCAUUCAUCAUCAUGUGCUAAUGGUGGCAUUCGCAGCUCAAGGUCACAUUAAUCCAUUGCUUAGACUUGGCAAACGCGUUGUCUCCAAAGGCCUCCAUGUCACACUUGCCUGCACCGAAACCACCCAACAACGCAUGCUAAAACAAUUCACCACCACCACCACUGACGAGAACAACAACAACAACGUCAGCAAAGGCACCGCAAGCCAUUCUAUUUCUGAUAUCCAACUUCUGUUUUUCUCUGAUGGGUUCGACUUAGACUAUGACCGCAAAGCCAAUUUAGACCACUACUUUGAAACUCUAGAAAAAGUCGGACCCGUUAACCUCUCAAACCUUAUCAAAGAACACUACUAUAAUAACCAUAAGAAACUCUCUUGCAUCAUCAUCAAUCCGUUUGUUCCAUGGGCGGCUGAUGUUGCUGUUAAGCAUAAAGUCCCUUGUGCCUUGCUCUGGAUCCAACCAUGUUCACUCUUUGCUAUUUAUUAUCGUUUUUUCAAUAAACUAAACUCGUUUCCCACCUUAGAGAACCCUGACUUAAGUGUUGAGUUACCAGGAUUACCACUGUUGUCCACAGAAGAUCUGCCUUAA